AUGGCCACCCCCUCUAUUCUCACCUUUGACGCUGAGGGCCGCCCGAUUAAGUUUGGGGUUUGGUUAGAUGACCUCCACCUGUUCCUCCAGAUCACUGCUAAGGACGAUGUCUCCCUGUAUGACCACACCCACCUGCCGUUAGAUGAGCGCGAGCACUUCGGCCAGCAUAAGACCGCUAAAGAGCUGUACGACGCCGUGGUCGCGCGCUACUCCUCACCUGCCACUGCUGCUAUAGGCCGUCUCUCACUGCCCUACCUCUUUCCCGACCUGUCCGCCUUUGCCACUGUAGCUGACCUCAUCACCCACCUCCGUACUAGUGACCUCCGCUACCGUGCCGCGCUCCCCCCCGAUUUCCUCGCCAAGAACCCCCCCCCCCCCCCGAUGUACCUCACACUGUACCACCUUGUCACCCGCCUCCCUGACUCCCUUCGCACUGUCAGGGACCAGUUUCUCGCCCUCUCUCCCACUGACCUCACUGUCGACCUCCUCGAGAAGGAACUCCUAGCAGCUGAGAAGAGCAUUGUAGCUGUAGGUGCCUCUCGUGGUGACCCCCGCACCCCCUUCUUUGAGGGGUGCUCCCCUUCCCCCCUCCUCCCCUCCAUUGCAUCUGCUGCUGCUGUCGACUACCUCGGAGCUGAGGGAAUCGGAGCCGCGUCUACUCCUAGUGGGAGGCGCAAGGGCGGCAGGGGCAAGGGGGGCCGGGAUGGUGGAGGUGGAGGCGGGGGCGGCGGCGGUGGAGAGGGUGGGGGGGGCGGGGGUGGUGGCGGGAGUGGGAGUGGCGCGGGUGGUGGGGGGGUCAGUGGCGGCACAGGGGGUGGUGGCGGCGGCGGCGGUGUUGCGGGAGGUGGGGGCGGUGGUGGCAGUGGUGUUGGCGGUGGAGCGGGUGGAGCGGGGGCGGGCGCGUGGUGGAACGGUGCAGCGUGGGGGAUUCGGCGGUGGCCAGAGGCAGCAGCAGCAGCGUCCUGGCGAGACUCCCUCGCCCCAGCAGCUCCGAAGGGGAUUGAUGUCUUUGCUCUUGAUUAUGAUGCUAUCCUUGCUGCCAUGUAUGCAUUGACUAUUAGUGCUGAGGGUGACUGUUACCUGAGUGUGCCGCCCGACCCAGGUAUUGGUACUGGUAAGGCUGCUGCGCUAGGUGCUCGUGCGUCUGCGUCUGCUGGUACUGGGUCUACUGCGGCACUGCACACUUUCACACUGGACUCAGGUGCUUCCCGCUGUUUCUUUCGUGACCGCACUGUCCUUGAGCCACUAGCUCGGCCUGUUGCUGUCUCCCUUGCUGACCCCUCUGGGGGCCCGGUCCUUGCGACCUCCUCCACUGUCCUCCCUUGUCCUGCGGCCCCGUCUGGCACUCUGUCGGGUCUCUACCUCCCCUCGUUCUCUACGAACUUGGUGGCGGGCUCUGCUCUCCAGGACGGGGGUGUUCACCAGUUCACCCCUGCCUAUGAGCGGGUGACCCACUGUACGUGUGCUCGGACGGGUCGCCACCUGGCUACCUUCACUCGGCAGCCGGGGUCAGCUGUCGGCUCCCUGCUCGUGUCGCUCCCUGUCGCACCAGACCGUCCUCUGGCACCACCGCCUUGGUCACCCUCCGUGCAGCGCCUUCGUGGCAUGCACUCCCGGUACCUUGUCUCUGGUCUUCCCAGAGCUCUACCUCCCCUCCCACCCUCGCAUGCUCCUCCCUGUCUUCCUUGUGUCGAGGGGCGGCAGCGCGCCACCCCUCACUCCUCCUCGUUCCCUCCCACAGAGGCUCCCCUGCAGACUCUUCACCUGGACGUGUGGGGCCCGGCCCGCGUCCGGGGACAGGGCCACGAGCGGUACUUCCUGCUGGUCGUCGACGACUACACGCGCUACACCACGGUCUUCCCCUUGCGCACCAAGGGUGAGGUCCCUGAUGUUUUGAUCCCUUGGAUCCGCGCCGCUCGUCUCCAGCUCCGCCAGCGGUUCCAGUCGGACUUUCCCGUCCUGCGUCUGCACUCUGACAGGGGUGGUGAGUUUUCCUCCGACCUCCUGGCUGCCUACUGUGCGGAGCACGGCAUCCGCCAGACUUUCACGCUUCCGGACUCCCCACAGCAGAAUGGGGUUGCUGAGCGCCGCAUUGGUUUAGUCAUGGAGGUCGCUCGUACCUCCAUGAUCCAUGCGGCUGCCCCCCAUUUCCUGUGGCCGUUUGCGGUCCGGUACGCUGCGCAUCAGCUCAACCUUUGGCCCCGUGUCUCUGCUCCGGAGACCUCGCCCACACUGCGUUGGACGGGGGAGGUUGGCGAUGCGUCGGUGUUCCGUGUCUGGGGAUGCCGAGCCCUUGUUCGCGAUACGUCCGCGGACAAGCUCUCCUCCCGUGCCGUUCCCUGCGUCUUCCUUGGCUUUGUCCCGGACGCGCCUGGCUGGCAGUUUUACCACCCCACCUCGCGCCGUGUCUUUGCCUCUCAGGACGUCACCUUUGACGAGUCGGUACCCUUUUACCGUCUCUUCCCCUAUCGCACUGCCCCCCUCCCUCCCCCGCCGCUUUUCCUCGCUCCAGACCCUCCUCCCGUCGCUGAGCCUGUCGAGGUCACAGGUGACUCAGGUGCUGCUGCGGGUGGUACUGCUGGGGGUGCUGAGCCUGGGGGUGCUGAGACUGGGGGUGCUGAGCCUGGGGGUGCGGAGACUGGGGGUGCUGACACUGGGGGUGCUGAGCCUUGGGGUACUGGGGCUGGGGGUGCUGAGCCUGGGGGUGCUGGGUCUGGGGGUGCUGAGCCUGGGGGUGCUGAGCCUGGGUUUGCUGGGCCUGGGGGUGCUGAGCCUGGAGGUUCUGGAGCUGCUGGAGCUACCACUGGAGCUGGAGGUUCUGGAGCUGCGGGUUCUGGGUCUGCUGUUGCGCGGUCUCCUUGGAGUAGCCGCCUUCGUACGCGUGUGCCUCUCACCUCCCAGCAGCUGCGCGACUGGUACGGUCGCCGUCAGCGUCGCGCUCCUGUAGCUCGGGACUCUGCUCUUUGCGGUACUUCCACUGACGUCACUGGAGCUGAGAAAGGUGCUGGUUUGUUGUCUCCUGGGGGUGCCCACGUCGCUGGUCCCGGAGGUGCUCGUACCGCUGGUACUCGAGCUGCUGGGGCUGGUGGUGCUGUGUCUGAGGGUACUCCUACUGGGGACGAUGCGACUUGGGGUGCUGGUUCUGGAGGCGCUGCUGCUGGUGGAGACUGUCCUGGACGAGUUGCCGCUGGGGGUGGUGGAGCUACUGGAGGUACGGGAGAUGCUGUAGGUGCUAGAGCUGCUGGUGCUGGCGACACUACCCAGUCUCGCCUGAUCUUCGCUCCGCCGUCUCCGUCGUCUCUGCCACCGCCUGACUCUUCAGGAGGUCUUACUGAGCGUCGUGAGCCUGCGUCGCGUCCUGUCUCGCCAGUUCGCUCUGGUCACACCGUUCGUCGUGUUCCGCGUUCGGGGUCACCGACUAUCCCCGGCACGCACCUUGUCGUCCGUCGUCCUUCCUCUGUUCCACAGUCUGUUCCUCUGCCGUCCCCUCCUGCGUCGUCUUUGCCUCACGUUCCGGACCCUGAGUCUGACCGGUUUCGUGCUGAGCACCCUACUGUCACGCAUCUGCUAGCCACUGUUGUCACUGACCCCUCGUUUGAGUCUUCUGCUGCGUCUGCCUUGGUCGCUGAGCUUGUUGACUUUGCUGCUGCUUGUCGUCUAGACUACACUGCUAGCCUUGUUGCUGAGUCUGAGUCUGUCUGUCCUCCGUCCGUCGGGGGUGAGUGUGCUCUUGGCAUGGACGUCCUUGAGGACAGGCACAAGGACCUUGAGUGUCUUGCAGCCGCUGCGCCUCAUCUCGUGGCCAUGCUGCUUGCCCCUGAGGGAGACCCGGAUGCUAUAGACAUCCCUACCCCGCGAUCUUACGCUGAGGCGAUCGCGGGUCCCUACUCCUCUCAGUGGCAGGCAGCCAUGGACGCAGAGAUGGCAUCCUGGAAGUCCACUGGCACUUACGUUGAUGACGUUCCCCCUCCUGGGGCGAACAUCGUCAGUGGCAUGUGGAUUUUCAUGGUGAAGCGGCCGCCGGGUUCUCCGCCUGUCUUCAAGGCUCGUUACGUUGCCCGAGGCUUCAGUCAGCGAGAGGGGGUCGACUUCUUCCAGACCUUCUCCCCCACCCCGAAGAUGACCACUCUUCGGGUACUGUUGCACGUUGCCGCUCAGCGUGACUACGAGCUUCACUCUCUUGACUUCAGCACAGCUUUCUUGCAGGGCAGCCUGCACGAGGAGAUCUGGCUGCGCCGCCCUCCUGGCUUCACUGGGUCGUUUCCUCCUGGUACCCAGUGGAGCCUCCGCCGGCCGGUCUACGGUCUCCGCCAGGCGCCACGUGAGUGGCACGACACACUGAGGACUACACUUGCGGCUCUUGGGUUCGCGCCUUCUACUGCUGACCCGUCGCUGUUUCUGCGCACCGACACUUCGCUGCCGCCGUUCUACAUCCUCGUGUACGACGACGACUUGGUCUUUGCCACUGCUGACACUGGGGCUCUCGCCCGCGUGAAGUCCGAACUGUAG